AUGAAUGAAAAUAAUGUUGGUAAUGUAAAUAAAAGUCAAAAUAUCAGUGAUAUUCUUGCUAACAGUAUUUUUUUUACUCACAAUUAUAAUAAUAAUAAUAGAGUUAUAAAUAAUAGUUUUGACGGUUCAAAAGGUAAUAGAGGUGCUUCAAAAAAGAGACUAAAUAGAAGAUCGCUUAAUAAUGUGAUCAACUCCAGCGUGAAAAAUAAUAAUCAUUUGGUGCUUCAUUUCAACGAUCCAUAUUUUGAUAAGCAGUGGCAUCUGCUGAACCGCGUAAAUCCUGGAAGAGAUAUGAAUGUUGUGAAGGUCUGGUCUCAUAACAUCACUGGCAGGGGCAUUACUAUUGCUGUCAUCGAUGACGCAGGUUUGGACUGGAACAGCACUGACAUAAGGAACAACUACGAGCCAUUAGGAAGUUAUGAUGUUGUAUCAAAUGAUAAUGACCCAACUCCCAGUAAAAGUAAAGAUACCAACCACCAUGGAACCAGGUGUGCCGGGGAGAUAGCAGCUACAGCAAACAAUUCCUUCUGCGGCGUUGGCUUGGCUUUCAAUGCAAAGAUCUCAGGCAUCAGAUUGAUUGACGGACCCAUGACGGACGAGGCUGAAGCCAGGGCUUUCAUUGGCAAACUUGAUGUUAAUGACGUCUAUAGUUGCAGCUGGGGUCCAGAAGAUGACGGCAAGACGUUAGACGGGCCGCACAAGCUGGCAUUCGAAGCCAUGCGUCUCGGAACCGACUACGGCAGAGGUGGCUACGGUUCCAUCUACGUGGUCGCCAGUGGUAAUGGCGGUCGGAAUGGCGAUAACUGCAACUACGACGGCUAUGCCAACUCUGUGUUUACGAUCACGAUAGGCGCGGUGGACGAAGAGGGAGAGAUGCCAGAUUACUCGGAGCAGUGUGCGUCCAUGCUGGCCGUCGCCUACAGCAGCGGCAGUGGGAAGAACAUUGUCACCUCUGAUUGGUCAGUCUAUGGGUCGAGUGGAUGCACUGAAAGUCAUUCAGGAACUUCUGCUGCCGCCCCAUUGGCUGCCGGUUGGCCAUGA